AUGCUCCAGUUAACAACUCUUCUGGGCAGCUUGCCCCUGAUUCUCUCUGUGUCAACCCAGCGCUUCGCUGCCGCGGCACUUCUCAAUUCCCGCCAGGCGGCCCCGACGGAGGUUGUGAAGCUAGCCUCACUCGAGAACAUCGCGGUGCGCCCCAAUGGCCAGCUUCUCGUGACCAACAUGAACAGCCCCAACCUGUACGCCGUCGACCCCGUUGCCAAGACGUCUUCGACGGCCGUUGCCGUCAGCGGGGCAGCCGGCCUGAGCGGGAUCGGCGAGAUCGCGCCGGACGUCUUCGUCGUCAUCGGCGGCUCCCCGCAGGGCACGGCGGUGCACCAGGUCGACUUCACGGGCGGCACGCCCAAGGCGACGCUCGUCAAGAAGAUCCCGGACGCCAAGAACAUGAACGGCCUGGCCGUGUUCAACAACGACACGGUCCUGCUCGGCGACGCGGCCAAGGGCGCCCUCGUCAAGCUGACCGUCUCGACCGGCGACGCUUCCGUCGCCCUCAGCGACCCGACCAUGGCCCCCAGCGGACCCAUCCCGUUCGGCAUUGACGGGCUGAAAUACAACAAUGGCACUGUGUGGUACACAAACAUAUUCAAGAACAGCUUCCACAAGGUGGCUGUCGACGGGACGUCCAAGCCAACCGGCGCGGUCUCCACCCUCUGGUCGAACCUGAUGGGCGAUGACCUCUGCGUCGGGAACAACGGCAAGCUCUACAUUACUACGAACAGCGGGGCUAAUCAGGUUGUCGAGUACGAUCCCGCCGGCGGCUCUGCUAGCAAGCCUGUCGUCGUUGCUAAGCUCAGCGCGCCGACGGCUUGCGCUGCCGGACGUGGCGAGAAGGACAAAGACGUGGUUUAUGUUACGAAUGGUCAAGGUGUCUACGCAUUUAGUACUGUCAAAUGA